GUGCUCUUUUUUUCAGUGCAGAUAUAAGUGACGCAGUCUGACAGUGUGACAGCAUGAAGACGAGCAGACAUCGGUGAAGCUACAGAAACAAAGUGACUCCGGAUCGCUUCAAAACAACUGGCAGCAUGAAGCUGCUGUCCUUCCUCCUCCUCCUCCUCCUCCCUCUCAUGGCCACAUGUUUACCCACCACACGGCCACGGUCCUGCCACGAGGUGGAGCAGAGUGUCAGCCUGCCCAACGAGGUCUACACCAUCUAUCCAACCCGGUUUGAUCUGAAGGGUGUCAAGGUGUUCUGUGACUUUGACACAGACAGGGGGCGCUGGACGGUUUUCCAGAAGAGGUUCAACGGUGCAGUGCACUUCUACCAGCCCUGGGAGUCUUACAGGAACGGCUUCGGGGACCCUGCUGGAGAGUACUGGCUUGGUCUGGAGACGCUCCACCAGCUCACUCAGGACGGGAACUACCAGUUGCGAGUCGACCUGGAGGACUUCGACGGAAACCGUGUGUACGCUCUCUAUGAUUCCUUCAGUGUUGAUGCUGAGUGUGACGGCUACGCGCUGCAUGUGUCAGGAUUCAGGGACGGGGGCGCCGGAGACUCUUUGGCUUACCAUGAUGGAAUGAAAUUCUCCACCUUUGACAGAGACCAGGAUGCCAGCAACUCAAACUGUGCUCAGCGUUUCCUCGGGGGAUUCUGGUACAACAUGUGUUAUCACACCAAUCCCAAUGGGAUUUAUCAGUGGGGCCGUGUCAUCGAUCACUUUUCUAAUGGAGUCAUUUGGUUGCGGUGGAGGGGCAACUCGUACUCGGUGAGGAGCAUCGUGAUGAUGGUCCGUCCUCGUCGGUAAACCCCGAGCGUCACACACUGGCCUCUCUCCAAAGCUUUACAGUCUUACCAAGCAAGAACUUAUAUUCUGAAAUCUGUGGGGACUUACGGG